AUGAGUCAUGAUGUUUUAGAGACGUAUCGAAACUGUCCAUUUUGUUUAAAACUUCUUUUUGAACCGGUAUCAACAUUAUGUGGUCACACAUUUUGUUUAUUAUGUCUACAACAUUUUAUUUUAACAUCAAAUCAUGUAUUACGAUGUCCAAUUUGUCGCGAAGAUUUAACUUAUCUUCGUUCAAAUUCUAAUCAUUUAAAAGCAAAUUCAAUUCUUCAUAAUCUUUUUCGACACGUAUAUGAAAAAGAAUAUGAAAUACGACGAAAUGAAACUGAGAAUGAAAGAAAAAAUAUAAUUAAAAAACGUUUAAUUAUUGGAAAUACUCAUCAAUUAUUAUUACGUGAUUCUGAUCAUACACGACAUGAAUGGACAUUAUUUAUUAAAUUUGAGAAUGAUGAUCAAAAUGAAAUUACUCAAUUUAUUAAACAGAUUAUAAUCAAUUUACAUCCAACAUUUAGACCAUCACAAAUUAUUCUUGAUAAAGCCCCAUUUCGAUUAACUAGAAUUGGAUGGUAA